AUGCCCGACGCCAAUGACCCUCGCGGCCGGGCGGCUGCUCGCUCCAAGGCGGUAGCCGCCCUUAAGCCCACCAUUGAUGUCAUUAUCGAUCGCCAUUACAACUCCAGGGUCUACACCUCGGGAUCCGUCGUUGCUGGCCGCGCCAUUAUCAAGACGCUUCGCGACAUUGCCUUUGACCACUUUGACAUUGUCUUCACUGGCAUCGCCGCCACCCGCCUCGACUUUGUUCAGCAAUACCCAUCCCACUCCUUCAGGCCUUUUCUGAAGCUGCGCAUGCCCAUUUCCGAGGACCAUGUCCCCGAGGACCGCAUUUUCAAGACCGGCCGCACCUACACCAUUCCCUUCCACUUCGUCGUCCCUCACCAGCUUCCCAUGGGCGCUUGCAAGCACCAGUGCGAGGUUGGCGACGUCCUCGAUCACCACCUGCGCCUGCCCCCGACCAUUGGAUUCUGGAGCGCCGACGACCAGGCCCCCGAGAUGGCCCAGAUCGAGUAUGCCGUCAAGGCCCGCGCCGUCAAGCGGGAAAACGACGGCCUCGCUGCCACCAAGGUGAUGGAAGGCCAGCACGUUGUCAAGGUGCUGCCCGCCAGCCCCGAGGAUGCGCCCCUCGACAUCACCUUCCGGGACGAGCGCUACACUAUGGUCAAGACCAAGACGAUCCGCAAAAACCUCUUCUCCGCCAAGACGGGCAAGCUGACGGCAACCUCGACCCAACCCGAGGCUGUCAUGUUCUCCGCCGAUGGCCGCGAUGCCUCUCUGUCGGCUGCACACAUCAGGCUCGAGUUCGUGCCCGACUCCGUCGACACCGCUCCGCCCAAGAUCAACUCGGUAUCGGCUAAGAUGUUGUCCACAACCUUUUUUGGCGCGGCCCCCGUCAACUACAUGCCCAACCUGGGCCCACGCACUGCCUACCACGGCAACCCGUGCCUCAACUACGUCACGACGAAUCCUGUCUUUAGCCACAGCGUGUCUAAGAUUUCGUGGCUGCAAGAAAAGAUGGACACGGGCCGCCGCGACUCGGGCUACUCGAGCUCGCACCUGUCGCCGGACACGGAUGGCGUGGCCAAUAGCAGCGGCAACAGCAACAAGAAGGCUGGCUCGGCCAUUAAGCACGUCGCUAGUCUCGACAUACCAUUCACCAUCACCAACACCAACCGCAAGAUCUUUUUGCCCACCUUCCACUCGUGCCUCAUCUCGCGCACCUAUGUCUUGCAGCUGUGCCUCAGCGUUGGCCCCACCAACACCAACAUGACGCUGUCGGUACCGGUCCAGGUUGGCGUUGAGACCAUCCAUGACGAUCCCCAAGGCGGCACGCUGCCCAGCUUUGAGAGUGUCAUGGCCCGCGACGAAGAGGCCGCAGCUGACAGCUACCUCCGCCCGCGCAUUCGCCGUGCAGCCUCGGAGGAUGCACCACAAACCAACACCCUUUUGCCUGGCUACAGCGAGCUGAGCCGUAGAGCGGCCGUUCCAGUAGCGCCAGUCGCCUGA